AUGGUGCAGUGGGAAGAACCUUUAUUUGGCUGUUUUCGAGACUGUUGUAGCUGCAUAAUAAUAUCUCUCUGUCCCAUGGCGUAUUGUGUUUAUCAAGGAAUAAGCGUUAAAAAGGCUACUGGAGAAUCUUGCUUAUGUGCAUGCUGCUACUCUGCUGUUUUAUGCUGUAUUGGCGCUGCAAUUAAUAGAGGGAAGAUAAGGGAUAGGUAUCUUAUAAACGGAAGCUGUUUUAGUGAUUGUUUAUUACACUGUCUCUGCGGCCCAUGUGCAGCUUGCCAAGAAUAUAGAGAAGUAAAUGUCCGUGAAUCGCGGUAG